AACUUCCCCAUCGAUAACCAUGACCCUCACUCAUCCUUCAGUUCAAGAUGGUUGGUUCCGUGAAAUUUCUUCCCAGUGGCCAGGUCAGGCCAUGACUCUCCAGGUCAACAAAAUCCUUCACGUCGAAAAGUCGCUGUAUCAAGAUGUCCUCGUUUUCGAAUCUGCUACAUACGGCAAUGUUCUCGUCCUCGACGGCGUCAUUCAAUGCACCGAACGCGACGAGUUUUCUUACCAGGAAAUGAUUUCCUUCCUGCCCCUUGCUUCUCAUCCCAACCCGGAACGCGUUCUAGUGAUUGGCGGUGGUGAUGGUGGUGUCGUUCGUGAAGUCCUUAAGUACAAGUCAGUUACGAAAGUCGUUCUCUGCGACAUAGAUGAAGCAGUCAUCCGUGUAUCCAAACUCUACUUAGGACACAUGUCAGGGCUCCUCAACGACCCCAAGGUCAUCGUUAACAUCGGUGAUGGUUUCAGAUUCCUCAAGGAACACGAGGGAUACUACGAUGUUAUUAUUACAGACUCGAGUGAUCCCGUGGGUCCCGCCGAAUCCCUGUUCCAGAAACCCUACUAUCAACUAUUGUUCGACGCUUUACGCCCCGGAGGACAUAUCUCUGCUCAGGGUGAAUGUCUUUGGCUUCACCUCCCUCUUAUUCAAAAUGUUCAAAAGGCUGCAAAGGACGUCGGCUUUAGCCAAGUCGAAUACGCUUUUACCACCAUUCCAACAUACCCUUCUGGCCAAAUUGGCUUCUUGCUUGCUGCGAAAGCUACCGAAAACGGUUUAGUUCACGAUCUCAAAGUUCCUGUGAGAUCUCCGGACCUUCCCACCCGGUAUUGGAAUCCUGAUGUUCACCGUGCUGCUUUCGUGCUCCCUGAGUUCGGUAAAACUCUGUUUCAAGAAGGAAAGGACAUCACUCCCGUUUUUGGUUCCAAACUUCCUGUCGCACAAGGCAAACAAAUCAAAAAGGUUCUUCUUCUCGGAAGUGGAUACGUCGCCAGACCUUGUGCAGAAUUCCUCGUCAGGAACCCAGAGAAUCACGUUACCAUUGCCUGCCGAACCCUCUCCUCCGCGCAAUCCCUCUCAGAGAACAUCCCUCGUGCAACCGCCAUUUCUCUCGACGUCUGCAACACGUCAGCCCUCGAGAAAGAAGUCGCUGCACAUGACUUAGUCAUCUCCCUCAUCCCAUAUACUUACCACGCAGAUGUCAUCAAGGCUGCUAUCAAGGGUCAUACCAACGUCGUCACCACCUCCUACGUCUCUCCCGCUAUGCGCGAAUUGGACGAAGCAGCUAAGCAAGCCGGAAUCAUCGUUCUCAACGAGAUCGGUCUAGACCCUGGCAUUGAUCACUUAUACGCUGUCAAGACCAUUGAUGAGGUCCAUGCAAAGGGAGGAAAGGUCACUCAAUUCCUUUCCUACUGUGGUGGCCUUCCCUCCCCUCAACACGCAUCCAACCCCCUCGGUUACAAAUUCUCCUGGUCCUCCCGUGGUGUCCUCCUAGCGCUUCUUAACAACGCCUCCUUCCUCUCCUCCGGUCGCACCGUUAGUAUCUCCGGCACAGACCUCAUGAAGGCUGCUCAACCCUAUUACAUCUCCCCCGCUUACGCAUUCGUCGCGUAUCCCAAUCGAGACUCCACUCCCUUUAGAGAUUGGUACGGGAUUAACGGCGAGGGAGAGGGUCAGACUGUUAUUCGCGGUACUUUACGUUACCAAGGUUUCCCUGAAUUUAUCAAAGCACUCGUUGACCUAGGCUGGCUCGACGCUUCUCCCAAACCUUGGCUUCAAGAAAAGGUCACCUGGAGAGAGGCUUUCUCCAAACUCUUAGACGUAACCGCAACCUCCUCCGACCAAGAGCUCAUAACCGCGAUAACCCAAAAAACUACUUUCCCCUCCUCCUCCGAACGCGACCGAAUCACCUCCGGAUUGAGGUGGAUAGGCCUUUUCUCUUCCGACCCGGUUAUACCCCACCCUUCAUCAUCGCCGACGGUUCUAGACACCCUCUGCGCACGCUUGGAGUCUCUCAUGGCUUACGCCCCUGGUGAACGCGAUAUUGUCAUGCUACAGCACAAAUUUUAUAUCACCUAUCCCUCCGGAGAAACAGAAAUUCGCACUUCAACGUUGGAGGAGUACGGAGCGCCCGAGGGAUCGGGUUAUAGUGCUAUGGCUAGGACUGUGGGUGUUCCUUGCGGGAUUGCGAGUCAGCUUGUGUUAGACGAUGUUUGGGGAGGUAGGGUGAAAGGUGUUACAAGGCCUUACACCAAGGAGAUUUGCGAGCCGAUUAGAGUAAAGCUUGAGGAAGAAGGAUUGGGAAUGGUGGAGAGGGUUUUGUAAGACGUGAAUUGAUUGACUUUUAGAUUGCGAGCCAGAGACAGAUGGAUCAAAGGGUUGUGUAUGUGUUCUUGCACGUGCGAGCCAGACUCAGACGCAGAAUAAAAACAGAAACAAUAUUUCUUUCACCUUUUCAUCGAACGAAUGAACGAGCGAUAUUCGUUUGUACUGG